AUGCGCGCGGGCGCCCGAUUGAUCGCGGCCGCCUGGGCGCCCUCGCCGCGCCGGCCCCGCCCCUCCCCCGCCGCGUUGCCCGGCAACCGCGGCUCGGCGCGCUCCCAUUGGCCGGCGGCGCGCCGGGCUCCCGGGCGGCGCGUGAUCAACACCAAGGAGGUGGCGCAGCGCAUCACCGCGGAGCUGAAGCGCUACAGCAUCCCGCAGGCCAUUUUCGCGCAGCGCAUCCUGUGCCGCUCCCAGGGCACGCUCUCCGACCUGCUGCGCAACCCCAAGCCGUGGAGCAAGCUCAAGUCGGGCCGGGAGACCUUCCGCAGGAUGUGGAAGUGGCUGCAGGAACCCGAGUUCCAGCGCAUGUCGGCGCUGCGCCUAGCAGCGUGCAAGCGCAAGGAGCAGGAGCAGCAGAAGGAGCGCGCGCUUCAGCCCAAGAAGCAGCGCCUGGUGUUCACCGACCUGCAGCGGCGCACGCUCAUCGCCAUCUUCAAGGAGAACAAGCGGCCGUCCAAGGAGAUGCAGGUCACCAUCUCGCAGCAGCUCGGCCUGGAGCUCAACACCGUCAGCAACUUCUUCAUGAACGCGCGGCGCCGCUGCAUGAACCGCUGGGCCGAGGAGCCAGGCGCCGCCCCCGCGGGCCCCGCCGGCGCCGCCGCCACCUUCUCCAAGGCCUGA